AUGGUAGAGACGAGUGUGGGUGAUUUCGUCAUCGAUUUGUUUACCAAAUGUCGAUUGAGCUGCGAGAAUUUUGUGAAACUAUGCAAAAUCAACUACUACGAUGGCUGUUUGUUUCAUACCGUGCACAAGGAUUUUACUGCUCAAACUGGCGAUCCCACCGGAACAGGAACAGGCGGCGACUCUAUAUAUAAAUUUCUGGAUGGUGAUAAAUGUCGCUUCUUUAAAGAUGAGAUUCACCCUGACCUUAACCACUCGAAAAAGGGUACCGUUGCUAUGGCCAGUGCUGGGAAGAAUUUGAACGCAUCUCAAUUCUACAUAACUUUACGCAAGGACAUUGACUAUCUCGAUGGCAAGCAUACUGUUUUCGGGAUGGUGGUAGAAGGUUUUGACACAUUGACAAGAAUAAACGAAGCUUACGUUGACGAGAGUGGAAGACCAUUUAAGAAUAUAAGAAUUAAGCACACUUAUGUACUUUAUGAUCCUUAUGAAGACUCUCCAAAACUGGCUCAAAUAAUUGUUCCGAAAGUGGAGGUUGAGGAUGAUGGGAGGCUUGAAGAUGAUUGGGUACCUAUAGAUGAAAGAUUAGCUCCUGAAGAGCUGGAGGAAGUUAUUCGUACCAAGGAAGCGCACUCAAGUGCUGCUGUUCUCGAAAGUAUUGGUGACAUCCCUAAUGCUGAUGUAAAGCCUUUAGAGAAUGUGUUGUUUGUAUGUAAACUUAAUUCUGUUACUGAGGACGAGGACUUGCAUAUAAUAUUUUCACGCUUUGGGGAAGUGAAAUCUGUUGAUAUUAUCCGUGACUACAGAACUGGGGAUAGUUUGGGCUAUGGUUUCAUUGAGUUUGAGAAUAAAGAUGCUUGCGAACGAGCUUACUUUGCUAUGGAUGGCACAUUGAUUGAUGAUAGAAGGAUACAGGUUGAUUUUAGUCAAAGUGUGUCUACACAAUGGCACCAGUUCAAGAGGAAGGGGACCCGAGCUGAUGAUUCUUCAACCAAUCCAAUGAUCUUUUCUCCCAAAAGAACCUAUCGCUCAAGGACCCUUGGCCUGAAGAGAAAUGUUGAAUCCUUUGCCUGCAAAGCUAGAAUGGGUGAGCAGAGAGUGAGUUCUAAGAGAAGAACAAACGGUCGACACAUAUUUGAUGUUUAGAUUGUGCAGGUUGUGCUGCAA